AUGCCAACUUCUACAUCUUCUUUUUACCUUAAACCAAUUGCUGAAAGACGUACCGUUUACAAUUUAAGACCUCAAUUACCUUCAGGUAUUACAGUUGAUGUUCUACAAGAAUCUGUACAUACUAUAAUUAAAAAUGUUCCAACUCACUUCAAUUGCCAAUUAAACCGCACCAUUAUCUUAACUGGUGAUGCUCAUAAGAAGGUUUGGAAUAGUGUUGCUAAAGAUACUAAUGGUGCUAGAAGACCAGUAGCUGUAAGAGAUAAGGCCUUUGAUUCAAUUAUUUUCUUUGUCGAUGAAGCCGUCACCAAGAAGCUACAGAAGGAAUACCCAGCUCAUCCUGACUUAUUACCAUUAUUCGGUGAACAAGUGUCUGGUGCUACACAAAUCCAGUCUUGGACCAUGAUAGAAGCCAUGGGUAUAGGAGCAAACUUACAAAACUUUAAUCAACAAAUACAAGUUGCUUUACCAGUAGAUAUUCCAAAGAGUUGGAUAGUUAAAUAA